GGACUUUGCGCCUUUUAUGAAAAUUGGCGGCUAAUAUUUCAAAUUAAUGGUGAAAAGAUGAAUACAAGGCGGCGAUCAUGUUUUUCUCCACAGAGUCCAGAAGUAAACUACACAUAUUUAGAGCCUGUUAAGCUAACGCCUACUGAAUCUGUUUCACCCCCGUUUUCUGCUCAAAAUCUUCGUUCAGUCAAACAUGAAAAUGAAUAUUUUCAGAAAAGUACUCAGUACGAUAUAAACUCUCCAGUCAGUACAAGCCCUACUGAUUAUCCUAGUGUCUCUAAACAUUCGGGACAAAGAAGUCUAAGACAAAGAACUGCUUCAGGCACACCAUCAGAACCAUCACAUACCGCUGAAACGAAACAGUCCACUUCCUCCACGAGACCUCGUGGAUUGUUGAACAGGCGAUUACGGAGACCAUCAAAGGUGAUUCCAAUUUGUGGUCUAUGCUUGGGUACAGCAGAAUUGAACAAUAAAACUCAAGUCCCGGAGGAUAUGAUCGCCUGUUGGGAAUGUGGACAGUCAGGUCAUCCUACUUGUCUAAAAAUGCCACCAGAUCUGGUCGCUCGUAUUUCACAAUUACGAUGGCUUUGUGUCGACUGUAAACGGUGUUGUUUAUGUCAACCAAAUGCAGACAGUCAGAAUUCAACAGGUGACAAAGAAGACACUCAAUCCGAUUUACUACUUUGUGAUGUUUGUGAUCGAGGCUUUCACCUAAAGUGUGCUGAACCGGAUAUGUCAGAGCCUCCUGAAGGUAUGUGGACCUGUCCAAUAUGUUCACAAUCUGAUAAUAAUUCGUGUAUGGACUUAGAUCCAAGACUGCGUUCUAUUCAAAUUUGUGAUCAAUUAACUCAACAUGAAAUAGACUGGAUGAAGAAAGCAGCUAAUGUCAGCGGUGCUUAUCUUAUAGCCCCAUUGUCUUUCUCUUUUCAACAAUCACCUGAACCUGUAAAACAUAGUAAUGAUGCUGUUGGUGAUAUGCUGCAAACAGUUAAACCUACUUCUCCAGCUUUAUCAAAGUCGGAGCCUCCUCCACGGCCGUUGUCGCCAUCGCCUUAUUCGUCACCGGGAAAAUGUCAAGCUGUCAGUAAUGAUGAUGGUGAUAAUGGUAAUAAUAAUGGCACAACAACAAUAACAGCAACAACAUCAACGACAGUAGGCAAAUCAGCUAAACGCUUGAUUCAAAAAUCUUUAACUGACUGGACUGUAAAUUGUAAAUCUACUAGAAAAUCAACUCAUUCCAUUUCUGAGUCUGUUGUUCCAGCUGAUGAAAAUAGUACAAGUCAAAUAUCGACUGAAAAUAAAGUGAAGAAAAAUAUCAGCCCACUUGCUGUUAGAAGAGUUUCACGUACUCGACGUUCAUCCAUGUGUGCUAGUUUAGCCUGGAGAGGUUUACUCCGUUCCUGUGAUAGACCUAAAUCAGCUUCUGUACAAUCUAUUGAAAUGGAUAUAGAAAAACAUGGAAGUCGUCAUGAAGAACGAGACGAAGACGAGCAGGAGGAGAAGGACGGCGACGACGAAGAAGAUGAUGAUGAUGAUGAUAAGACAGAUAUUUUAACUGAGGAAAAUAUUUCUUCAAGACGCAACAAGACUACUACUACUACUGCUGCUGCGAAAAGUUACUAUAAAUCAGUUAAAACUGAAACUAAGAAUAAACGUUAUUUCAAACGUGCCUUAUCACCUCGUAGUUUUGCAAGUUUUAUUCAUCGUAAAGCGAAAGAAAGUACCUCACUACUGCAGCUAACUGAUCAGUUGAGUCCAUCACAUUCUACAAGGAGUACAACUUCUCUUGGCUUUGUUAAUCGUGAAUUACUGCAUACAACUACAGAAAAAUCAAAUCAAAAACAAGGCAAACAUGAUAUAUCUAAUCAGACUACCACUACUACCGGCAUGUUGAGGUCACCUAGAUUGAAGACAAGACAAAGCUUAUUGAAGCGACCUUUACAAAAAAGGCUAACCGCCGGUUCACAUGAUCAGCCCAUUCGUCAACUACGUGAAUAUACUACUGGUAGAAGUAUUAGUCAAUUCAGUAGUAAUCAUCGUAGUAUUGGUCGCGGUCGCGGUCGUGGUCGUGGUGGACGAAGACAUAUUAGUAAAUAUCAAAAAUCUUAUUACUACAGAAAUAGAAAAAAAUCAUUUAAGCGUCGAAUUGUCUCAGAUGACGAGGAUGAAGACGAAAGUGACAAUGAUGAUGGCGAUGAAGAUGAUGUUGAUGGAAGAGAAUAUGAAGCAGAUGCUGAUGACGGCGACAGUGAUGAUGACGAUGAGUCAAAUGAAACUGUUGCAGCUGCUGCUCAAACUGGUAGAAUGGUCGGUGGUGGUGGUCUACUUCGAAGUAGUAGAUUAACAUCAAAGUCGGCUAAGAAUGUGACAACUCCAUCUGGUGAUAACAAUACAGAGAAUUUGUCUACAUCAAAUAACAAUAAUUAUUAUUUUGAUUCAGAGAAUGAUGAAGCCCCUGAAAUGAGUGUUAUAUCAGAUGAGAAUCGUGCACUGUUCAAUUUAAUACAGGCGGAUGUACAAGCUUGUCUGCCUCAACCACUUGAAUCAAGCUUAGCCCUUCCACCGGCAAAUAAUCCAAAACUUUUAGCAGUUAUGGAUAAUUCAGCAUUGAAUUUAUCAGGAUCGAAUGAUCAUCGUUCAAAUUCUAAACAACAUCAACAACAACAACUUGAGAAGCCAGAAGAUCCUCGUUAUCCACCUCAAAUACAAUUUGGUCGGUAUAUUAUUACCACUUGGUAUUCAGCUCCUUAUCCAUCAGAAUAUGCUAGACUCACACUGUUGUACAUAUGUGAAUUCUGUUUGAAAUAUAUCAAAACUCGUAAUGUUUACCUACGGCAUAUAGAAAAAUGUCCGUACAGUUUCCCACCUGGCAACGAGAUCUAUCGAUGUAAAAAUAUUUCAGUGUUUGAAGUUGAUGGAUACACUUCCCGGUUAUACUGUCAACAGUUGUGUUUAUUGGCUAAAUUAUUCUUAGAUCAUAAAACGCUGUAUUAUGAUGUUGAACCAUUCCUUUUCUAUGUGGUAACAGUACACAAUGGAGAGGAGGAAGAGAAUGAUUAUAAGGCUGAUGACAACAAGAACAACAAGGAUGAUGCUUCUUCUGCUACUGGCGGACGUGGUAGCAAAACAACCAAUCGACGAUGUUUUCAUCUAGUUGGUUAUUUCUCUAAAGAGAAGCGAUCUGCACAAAAGUAUAAUUUAAGUUGUAUCCUGGUCUUACCACCGUAUCAAAAACAAGCCUAUGGGAGAUUUUUAAUUGAUUUCAGUUUUUUAUUAUCGCGUAUUGAAGGACAACCUGGUUCACCUGAGAAACCAUUAUCUCAACUAGGCAAUUGUAAACUAGCUGGCAAAUCUAAUCUUCCCAAUGGUGGUGGACGAGAUACAGACUGUCUGUCGAAUUCAUUCGGUUCAAUUGGCUUUCGAGAUUUUGUUAUCACUAUUCAUGAGAUUAGUUCAACGACAGGGAUAGAUCCACAUGAUGUUGCUAGUACUAUUCAACAGUUGGCUACAACUAUUACAUUGAAUUCAGAAGGAAGACCCUUAAUAUGUUUCGAUUUGACGUAUUUACUGCAACUACAAGAAAAGUAUGAAAAACGUUCAGUUAACUGGAUUCCAAUCGAUGAAGAAUGUCUUCGAUGGUCACCUUUAAUUCAUCCUCAAGAAUUUGAUGUUUCUGGAGACAGUACUGGUGGCGGGUGUGAUAAUUCUGACAAUGCUCAAACAACAACUCAUGACAAUCUAUCAACUUCACCAACUGUUCUAAAAAGAAGUCAACACCUACGAUCUCCUCAGCCUAGAACAUCACACACUGAUGAUGCUAGUGUUUCUGUAAACAACAACCAUCACCAUCAUCAUCUACAGCAGAAUGAUAAUUCAACCGCCUCAGAAAUCCCGCGUAAACGUAGUCUACGCAGUAGUAGUGGUACUAGUGGUAACAGUAAUAAUGCCUUUCAAAGUAUCUCAAUAGUUAACAGUGAUAAUUCCAAUCAUUGUAAUAAUACAUAUAAUUCAGAAGGCGGAAUCAUCGAUACAACGUAUAGACGUCGUCUUCGUUCACCGGCUAGUUCAACGCAUUCAUCAUUUCUUAAUAGCAAUGAAUAUCUCUCACCUGGUACUGGAUCCGAUUUUGUUUUCGCUAAUCAAAGAACACUAUUGAACAGUAGACGACAAACAGAUUCUGUAGUUAGCAUCACCACCAACACCACAACAACAGUGAACAAUACUCAUUCUUCUAAUGCUGCUACUACUACCACCACCACUAAUUUUAACUUUACUAACUCUUCUUCUAAUGGUAUGAAUAAAAAUAAGCGCGUGUCUAAUAAUAAUAAUAAUACCUCACGGAAAAAAGAUUCUAAGCUGAAACCGUAUCCUUCGCCUUGUCGUAAACGAAGCUUCUGUUCAGAUGGUCCACGACCUCCAGAUCCACCAUCUUCACCUGAAGGAGGAGGUGGUCGAUUUGCAUCGUCGUCAUCGAAUACAGCCAACAAUACUAUCGCUACUAGAACACGUCGUUUCUCGUAUAAUGCAGCACCACCACAACGUUCUUGCACAACACGAAGUUCUAGUGGUGGCGGUGGUACAACAAAACAGAAUGGUUUAUUCUCUAUAUUUAUGAAUAGUUGUGGUGAUGAUUUUUCAGAUGAAAUGUCCACGAGUAGUAGUAGUAGUAGUUCAGAGACAACGGAGGCCACAACCAGUACUACUACUACUACAACGACAACAUAUGCUAGGCAUAUUAACUCAUUGAGAAAUAUGUUAACACCUCCAUAUUAUACUGAAGCGAUGAUGACAUCAUCAGUCGAUAGACAGCAUUUUAUGCUUGAAUCAGAAUGUUUAGAAAUCUCUCCACUUCGUCCAUCAUUUUCUAGUUCACCGACAAUUCUACCAAUUAAAGAUGACGAGGAAGAGGAUGAGAAUUCAGGGAGUUGUCAACAGAAUGAAAUGCUGAAUAGGCAUAAUCAAAAACAAUCUGUUAUCACUGAUGGUGGCGGUGAUAGGAUAUCCCUCAAUGCCUCAUCAAUACACACACCCUCACCGCCAAUGUUAUCAUUAGCUGAUGGGAUAUCAACUGUUGUUGACACUGAAAUGCCAUCAUCAUUAAAUGAUCACGACAACAACAACAACAACAGUUUUUCAUCCCUAUCAAAAUCACGAAAUUCUCUUGCCAGUGAAACAAACAAUAUCCCACCUCCAUCUUUAUCAUUUUAUGAUAGUGGGCCGACUGUGAAUCAUCAAUCAAAGUCUACUUCUCCUUCUCAUGAUUCUUCCACCUCCCAUCAGUCAUCUCCUUCACAGUCAACAUCAUCGAGUGCAACAACUAAAGCUGUUGAUACAUCUUUAACGAGGAAUAAUAAAUUAUUACAGCACUGUACAGCUAAACGUCUUUUUAAUGAUUCUGAAUACUGCAUUUCACAAGAUGUUAAAUCGCAUUUAAAAGUCCCCUUGUAUAUUGAUACUACGAAUCUGAAUGAUUAUGAAGAUGAUACUGAUAGUGAGUUGAUGUCUAGUCAAAGUCGACAGUCCGUCGCCGCCUCCAUCACCUCCUCUUCCUCCGCCUCGUCGUCAUCAUCGUCAUCUUCUUGUACUAAAAAACACCAACAACACUAUCGACAGCAACGACAUGGUGGAAAUUUUUUCAUCCAAGAAAAAUCAUAUAAUUUCACUAAAACUGUAUGCUCUGAUGAUACUGUCACACAUUCUUCAUUGGUUGGGACCUAUCACAAAUAUCAUUUUCAUCGAGAAAAUAAUCCUCGAUCGUCAUCCUACCGUUCAUGGCCAUCAUCUCCGGUUCAGUUAAGUGCUGCUACAGCAGCAUGUAAAUCUGCUCCGGCAAGAUUUGUUUUUUCAAAUCAAUCCAAUUCAUUUGAUAAUUCCACGUCAUUCACCUCAUCUUUAUCAUCUUCACCACCCUUACUUUGUCGUGCUGUAAACCACCAUUGUACUCCAAUCACAGCUCCAUCAUUGAUACCUUUCAAUACUCCUGAUAGGAGUAGUAGUAAUAAAACUGAUGCUGUUGAUUUUCAUCAACCAGUCAUCAGCCGUCAACAACAUUCGCCGUCACCACCACCACCACCUUUAUUAUUAACCAAUCAUGAUAUGAAGUCAGAGGCGGUGUCACCGGUUUUCAACUCGUCUACUUCAGCUGCUGCCUUAUCAAUGCAUUGGAGUCGGCAUACGGAUAAUCGACCACCUCGUUUGUUACCACUGAAGUUGUGUGAAACGAAAUGCUCAAAUCAGACUGCUGAACCGUCUAGUCGAGUACCAGUAUCUGCCUUCCCAUCUUUCACUGCUUCAUCUAGUCGUAUAGACAUUUCUGACGAUAAUAAUAAUAAUAAUGAAGAUGAUGAUAAUGAAAGUGAUCAGUCGACUGUAGUGACACUUCCAAUGACAGGUGGUGAAACACUUCAAAACACAGUCAACAUGGAGUCGUCAAUACAACAACAUUGUAUUAUCGAUGGUCAAGGCGAAAAUUCUAUAAACAAUGAUGACUUAACCAUGACAGAUACAGAUGGAUUAACAACAUUGAUCGCCUCUGAAGAAGAUUUUGUAAAUCAUUCCUCGAAAUUAUCAUCAUUUAAUGAUGAUGAUGAUAAUAAUAAUAAUUCCUGCUUUUCACAACAAAGCAGUGAUGAUGACCAGACAGUUGCUAUGUGUUUAUCAAAUAGUUUAAGUCCACCGUAUUUAGAAGAUUCACAGAAUAAUAAUUAUUAUACAAUAAAAAGUCCUAAUGGAAAGAAAUUGAAUCAUACUGAUGGUGGUGUUGGUGUUGGUGAUGAUGCUGAAUUGAUGACCUACUUCAAUCAGGAUCUUGAAAGUAGUCUAUAUCGACUCGGUGAUGAUGGUGAUGAUCCUGGUGAUUAUGAUCACGGUCUACGCACACGUCAUGCUUCAGAACCAACAAGGAAAAAAUUAUCCGUUGCAGAUGUCGUGUAUUCUCCGUUGGAUGCUUGUCGUCGAUGUCAUAGUCAUCCAGCCUUAAAGUUCAAUCUUAAAUCAAUAUUAUCAGAGUCAGAGUCAGAUGUAUCGAUAAUUAAAAUUGAUAAUCAAUACUAUGACAAUGAGUGGUCAUUGACUUCACCACCAGUUCAUCAAGAUACAUCGUUGAAAGAUCUAUCAUCAAAUGACUGUUUAGCAAAGAUGUUGAUUAACUCUCCUUUAUCCUCUGUGGAUACUGUGGUUAUCACUGCAAAUGAAUCAGUUGUAAAAUCUGAUGAAGUUGAUAAGUACUCACCCAUUGAGUUUCUUCCUGUCCCAUCAUUUACAAAUAAUCCAUCCAAUGGUACUAUUGAUGAUGAAGAGCACACCACUGAGCUAAAUGAUAAUGCCUCGUGUACACUGAAACUGCCUACCUCGUUACCAUCUUCGCCUGCUUUCAGUCCUUCGUCUAAUCAUGAUGCGGAGGCAUUGAAAUCCUCCUCCUGUAUAGAUUUCUCUGUCACUGUCAACUAUCAGCAUACACCCAAAACAUCAGAACCUAUUGACACUUAUACUCCUAAUGAUGCUACUACGAUAUUGAAUGCUCCUCCUUCAGACGCUACUACUACAACUAUCACUGUUGAAUCACCGUUUAAUCCGACACCUGUUGUUGUUGAUAAGGCGUCGAAUAUUAUAUCAUUUCCAGCUGAAGAAAUUGAUUUCAUCUCUGAUCCUAUUGUUCAUACACCAGUUGCAUCGUCUAGUAUUCACUGUCCUACAUAUUCAAAUCAUCUAUCAUCAUUAUCGUCGUUAUCUUCCUCGAUUCCUGAAGGUGGUAGUAUCCCUUCAAGUACUUUUCAUACUAAUACUGUUACGACUACAGUUGAGUACAAUUCUUUGCCUGAUCAACAUAUCUCUCCGUCUUGUUAUUACCCUCCACGAAGUCAUGAAUACCUAUCAGAAUAUACUAGUCCACAGAAUGAAAGUCUACCUAUUCUGAUACGUGAUCAAAAGCCAGACUUCAGCGCCACUGAAUUAACGCAUAACCACCAUUCAGUACUUGAUAAUAGAAUCGAUAAUAAUAAUAGUAACGGUAACUAUAGUAAUCCUAAUCAUCAUAGUAAUAAUAAUAAUACUACAAUAGAUACUAAAAGCAUUCUUAUCACUAAAGAAUUCUUUAAUACACCUUUAUCAAGUCAAGAAGAUAAGACACUUAUAUGCGAUACAGAGGAUAUUUUAUCAGAAUCUUCAAAUUUUGUAUCACCUGAUACAGAUCAGCUGAUUUGUGGAUCAGCGCAUUCUUAUUCUAGUUCUGUUCUCUCAAAUAUCUUUGAUCAAUCAGAUUGUGUUGUUGUUCCACCGCAAUUGCUACCGCUACCACCACCGAUAACAACUAACAGUUGCACUAAUUGUAGUAGUGUUGGUGAGAAUAACAACAAUACGCAUUAUAACCCUCCUAUGAAUACAUUACAUGAUAUGAACUUAUUUUCUCAGAGAUCUACUGAACACCUUCAUAGUUUACCGUUGAUUAAUCCUGAAGUAUUUUCUGCUACAACAACAACAGCAGCAUCAUGUGGUCCGUGUACCCCAGGUGAUGGGAAUAUAAGUGGUGCUGGUGGUGAUGAUGGUAAUACUGUGGUGCCUUUAUCACCACAAUUGGAGCAAACUGUGCAGCAAACAAGGGGAUUGGAAAAAUUCAGUUUAGCCUCUGAUAUUUGUCAACAACAAGCGUCAAUUGUUUACGAUAUGAUGAAAUCACAACCUUUGAGUGUAAUAACAACUACCUGUAACGCUAAUAGUGUUUCAUCACUAGUCACUCGUACAAAAAGCAAACGUGGCGGUGGCGGAGCCGGUAGAAAGACUUCGAAGACUACCAGAGGGAAACAGUCUAGAACGCGUUCAUCUGUCCUGCCAGCUUCUUCUUCAUCAUUAUCAAUGCCACCCGCAUGGUUGUUAGAUUGUAAUAACCAUCCAAUGGAGUUAUCAUCUCAGCCAAGACGUAUAUCAUGUCAAGUUGUUCCAAUGAGUGGAUCCACAUAUAAUAUUUCUUAUGAUCAUUACAAUCAUUCAAAUGAUACUACUACUAAUAAUAAUAAUAAUAGUAAUAUGUGUAAUUCGAUAGGUGGUGGUGGUUUUCCAUCCGGAACAACACUAUUCGAACAAUCUAUGAUGAUGAUGAUGAACAAUAAUAAUAACAACAAUAACAGCAUGUUAUCAAAUCCAUUUUCAUGUGAUCCGUGUAGCUCAGUUGGAUCUCAUCAACAACUUCCAACAACAUCAUAUUGUUGUAGUCUCACAUCGAUCGGCAGUAAUGCUGGUGCUGGUGCUGGACCGUACAAUGUGAACAUGAAUCAUCUACGAGCGUAUCACAAUGUAUGUUCAACGAAUUAUGCAAAUAUCAAUGAAAUACAUGGAAUUGAUAAUAGUAGUACUAGUGGUAGGAGUAGUGUGCCUUGUCCAAUGACAUCUCCAGUACGUAUUUCUUCAUGUGGUAGUAGUAGUAGUAAUCUAGAUUCUCAGUAUUGUAAUAUGCCAAUGAUGGCAACAAGAUAG